AUGUCUUCCUCUUCGCCCGUCGCCCAUGCUUCGCCCCACCUUCGAAAGCCGCUCGACACCCAAAGGGGCACUGGCGGUGAUAUGUCUAUGAUGUUCUUCGCCCAACCAGACUGCCCCUCCAGAUUUGCUCACCAGGAUCAGCAUCGCAUCAAGGGCCUCAAUGCCGAAACGCUCGCCCGCAUCUUCUUGCCUCCCCCCUCGUGGUUAUUGGCUGCGGAAUAUGCGCCCUUGCGGUCCGACGUUGACGACUCGUCAACAUCCAUCUUCUUCAGUCUCAAUCUCUCGAUUUACAAUCAACCUAUUGUUGCCUCAGAAUGGAUCGAAGAGUGGUUCUUCAUGAAUGGCCGCGUCCACCCCUACGCACUUGCGUGGGAGGUUGAGCAGCAUGACGGUUUAGAAUCGGAUGCAGGCCACACCCUUCUCUACACCAUGCCCGCCCUCAUCGUCCGUGAUCAAGGCUAUCAGCCCUUCCCCUGUGUCCCGCCCAUCGUUUCCUUCGCUGGCCCCGUCACCGGCCCUGGUCACUCCUUGCUGCGACAGGACCUCCUCCCAGGUCUGGACGCCACCCAACUGAAGUGCUGCGGCUUCAUCCAACUUUCCACUUAUCUUGGUCCUGGGAACCCCGACAAGACUCCAUUCAGAGGCUUCCACCCUUUCCAGGUCUUCGUCAUCUUUCCCAUUCACACGAAUCCCUGGGCCAUCCUGUGCAAGAAAAUGACCGAGAGGCGAGAUUCCCAGUUCCAGCCUAACGACCAAUUCACCUGCACAGGGAAAGUCGCUGGCCUGCUUGAUCAUCGCGUUAUGGUCCAUCCGCCAGGGUUCCAAAGAGACUAUGUCUUUAUUGUCGUUCCCGAUUCAUGGACUUUUCUCGACAAGACCACCACCCCUACAACUCAACCGGUCUUGCCUCUCUCAGCGCCACCAAAA